AUUAGCUCAGCUCAACGUGGCACUCUCUGUUUGCUUUAUGGACAGCCCGGUAUCAUCGUCCAGUUCCUUCCAGUCGCCGAGUCAAGGCUGCUCAAUACAUUUCUCCUGAACCAUGCCAAUAAACUGAAUCCAAGUUGAGAUCCAUCAUCCAUUCCGGGUCACUACGGCUGCAAUCUCCCCGCCGGUUGCCAGCAAACUUUGCUCUUCCCUCAAUCGUUUCGGUCUGAAAUCAAACAGUUACGUAAUCCACAGCUGCUCGGUUUUCUACUCCUCUAGCCGAAGGCCGCCGAUGUCUUCAUCGUCCGGCAGCCCUUCUUCUGCUAUUGAGACAUCCAAAAAAGAAGAAGAAGACGUCGAAUCCGUCCGUCGAGAUAGAAUCCUCUCGAGCAAGCUCUAUUUCGACGUGCCUCCGUCUAAGGCUCCAGUUAUCUACUCGUCUUCAUACGACAUUGCCUUUCUUGGCCUAGAAAAGCUGCACCCAUUUGAUUCUUCUAAAUGGGGUCGCAUAUGCAAGUUUCUAACUGAAGAUAAAGUCCUGGAGAAGAAGCAAAUAGUUGAACCUCUGGAAGCCACCAAAGAUGAUCUCCUAGUGGUACAUUCAGAGUCAUACUUGGCUAGUUUAAAAAGCAGCUUAAAUGUGUCUAUGAUUGUUGAGGUUCCACCGGUUGCACUUCUACCUAAUUGGCUUGUGCAAAAGAAAGUCCUUCAGCCUUUCCGCAAGCAGGUCGGAGGAACUGUUUUGUCUGCUAAGCUUGCAAAAGAACGUGGAUGGGCAAUCAAUGUGGGUGGUGGGUUUCAUCAUUGCUCUGCACAGAAGGGAGGUGGUUUUUGUGCUUAUGCAGACAUCACUAUAUGCAUUCAGUUUGCCUUUGUCUCUUUAGAUAUAUCAAGAGUGAUGAUUAUUGAUCUGGAUGCUCAUCAAGGAAAUGGUCAUGAAAUUGAUUUUGCAAACGACGGAAGGGUCUAUAUUCUUGACAUGUAUAACCCUGGCAUUUAUCCAAUGGAUCUUGGAGCCAGGAGAUACAUUGAUCAGAAGGUUGAAGUUCAGAGUGGGACUGAGACCGAAGCCUACUUGAGUAAAUUAGAUGAAGCACUUGAGGUUGCUCAGCAUAGAUUUAACCCCGAGUUAAUUGUGUACAAUGCUGGCACUGAUAUAUUGGAAGGCGAUCCUCUUGGAAGAUUGAAGAUUAGUCCGGAAGGAAUAGCCGCGAGGGAUGAAAGAAUAUUCAGAUUUUCUCGCGGGAGAAAUAUCCCUCUUUUGAUGCUUACAUCAGGCGGUUAUAUGAAGUCCAGUGCUAGAGUUAUUGCCAAUUCAAUCAUAAACCUGUCCAGGAAGUCCUUGAUAGACAUAGGGGCUCGUGUGCUAUAGGAGAACAUAGACCCUUUGUGCCCACUUGUAAGGUGUUGUGCAUAGUUUCAGUGUCUAACUGAUAUGAAGCGGGAAGAGCAUGGGGCGGGGCGGGCUUGAGCCCACCUUCGUGGGCUGGCUGCGAGCAAUUUAAUUAAUUUUAAUUAUUCCUUUUAUUUUGUUUCCUAGUAUGAUUUAAUUAGGACUUCUAUUAAUUAGAGGUUUCCUAUUUCUAUUUAGUUUCCUUGAAUGGUUUAAUUAGGACUCCUAUUAUGUUUCUUACUAAGAUUUAGUUUCCUAUUCAAUUUUGGAUGUAAGGGUUAUAUAAACCCCUGCCUAGGCUUAUUCAAAUGAGGCAUUAAUAAUAUUGGUUUUAGCUAUUUAGCUCUGGGCAACGGAUCCAGC